AAAGUCGCACAUUCGGAAAAAUUCGCCGCCUACAAAUGGCUCUGAUUCCUCUCAUUUUCAAAUUUGGCAUCCUCACCGCUAUGGUCGCUUUCCUCAUAAUGCUCGGCAUGAAAACGCUAUUCCUGGUCAAGUUGCUUGUCCUAAUGAAUGCUGCUGCCAUAUUGGCGAAAUUUAUUACACUGAAAUCUGACUUCGGUGGGCAUGGACACUCUGGGCCCUCAUGGAAUUAUCAAAGUUGGACGCCACCAGUAACUGGUGGUUGGGCCGCCUCAGCGCCAGCUGCCUCUUAUUCGCAUGGACACGAACAUCAGCCAACGAAAGAAAUACAUCUACACAUACAUGGCGGUCAAGUGCAUGGCUAUGAUGGAGCCAGCAGCAGCCAAGGAGUUGUGAGUGGUGGACACGGCUGGACCAGUAGAAGUGAUCCCUAUAAUACGUAUGCGUCUACACAAGACUCUGAAUUGGAAAAUGAACUUAGCAAUAAGGGUCCAAUUGCCAUGUUACCAACUAGAUAUCCAGCAAUUAAUCCUUACUAGUUGAUUGGAGUAGAACGCGAGCAUAUACAUACAUAUAAGACAAUAGUCAAUGAG